CUGCGUCCGGGGAACAUGGCGGCGGCGGCGGCGCGGGGCUGGUGGCGAGGCCUCGUGGGGGCCACGGCGCUGGCCCGGGGGGCCCGGCGACCCUCCGCACUGUCGCUGCCUGUGAGGACAGCGAGCGGCCAGGCCGACACGCGCCCCACUGUCAGGCCACGGAACGACGUGGCCAACAAGCAACUCGCGGCUUUCGGAGAGUAUGUGGCUGAAAUCCUGCCCAAGUAUGUGCAGCAAGUUCAGGUGUCCUGCUUCGAUGAGUUAGAGAUCUGCAUCCACCCUGAUGGCAUCAUCCAGGUGCUGACUUUCCUCAGGGAUCACACCAACGCACAAUUCAAAUCCUUGGCCGACUUAACAGCAGUGGACAUCCCAACCCGGCAAAACCGUUUUGAGAUUGUCUACAAUCUGCUGUCUCUGCGUUUUAACUCACGGAUCCGGGUGAAGACCUACACAGAUGAGCUGACCCCCAUUGAGUCCGUUGUCUCUGUGCACAAGGCCGCCAACUGGUAUGAGAGGGAGAUCUGGGACAUGUUUGGAGUCUUCUUUGCCAACCACCCUGACCUGAGAAGGAUCCUGACAGACUAUGGCUUUGAGGGACAUCCUUUCCGGAAAGACUUCCCCUUAUCUGGCUACGUUGAGCUACGCUACGAUGAUGAAGUGAAGCGGGUGGUGGCUGAGCCGGUGGAGUUGGCCCAGGAGUUCCGAAAGUUCGACCUGAACAGUCCCUGGGAGGCUUUCCCUGCCUAUCGCCAGCCCCCGGAGAGUCUCAAGCUUGAGGCUGGAGACAAAAAACCCGAAGCCAAGUAGCUCCAGGGAAGGCAUGUGGAUCCUAGAAAUCGUCCCAUCUAUGAUUAUCCAUGUAAAUAAAGUCCUUUGUGACUCACUGUG